AUGGGAAACUGCACAUCGGGCCACGACAUCUCGGAAAACGAAUAUCAACCCACAACGAACGAUCGAAGACGUUUGGUCAGGAGAAAUGACAUGCGAAGCGAUAGCAACGAUCAUUAUAACUAUUUAGUAUCCACGGGCCAAACUGGAACUGUUAAUAGAAGGGAAAAUCAGAAUCAGAGGCGUCAGAAUGAGAAUAGAAGUGUGGUACUGGGGGUGGUAGUAGCGAGCCAAGUGCAGUAUCAAGACAAGAUACAACAUCAAGACAAGGUGCGAGCUCUAACUCAAAAGAUAAUCAAAUAG